GGUUUCCAGGUGUCACAGGGUGACUGGGCCCGUGAAGAGGGAGCAGGGGCCCGUGCACCGGGGCUGCCGACCUGCUGCGCCAUUGGGGCUUACGGGAGGCACUGGGGUCUUCGUAAAGAGGAAUGAAGCAGAGGGCUGCAGACGCUGGGAGGCUCCUGCGGGCUGCAGAGAGGUGAGGGCUGAGAGCCAGGUGAGCAGGAGUAGAAAAGACUGGAGCCAGGGAGGGCUAGGAGUGGCUUGCCAAGGCAGGGAAAUGCUGCAGAGAGCAGAUCAGGGGAGAAAAGAGAAGCCCCAGGACUGCGCAUUGUUGUGCGAUUUAGGCCGUUAAAUUAGACCCUGGGAGAAGGGGAGCUACUGGACAAAAAUAAAGCCCGUGAGGAAUUAAUAAGGGGUGCAAAGAAGAGACCGGAUGCAGGCUGCUGCUGAGGCACACCAGGCCAGAAAGGGGACGCUGUGGGGCAGGCGUGCCAUUCUACAGCGCCCCCUUCUGGCCUGCUGUGGCUCAGCUUGUGGGUUGUCUGCCCAGGGCUAGUCUGUAGGGCCUGAUUCUCCAUAAUGCUGGGCAGCUGUGUCCCUGGCUGACUCCAGGUGGAAUUACGGGUGUCUAGCCCCUCUGAUUAUCGGAGCGUUGGGGUUGAAGCUGCUGGCAGGCGAUGAGCUUGGGUUUGGUACACAGGGCACUCCAGGGGAAUGGAAGGCUCUGUAUUAGGAGGAGCAAGUGUCCCCACACCACCAAGAGUUGGCCCAAGACAACAUCGACAGGGGGCCAAGUCAUCCGGCUGGGAGAAGGCGUCCAUUCCUCCUGAGCAACCCUACAAUAACAAAUCAGGCUCCUGAACAGGAUGGAGGAAAACAAGCUGAAAGGCAACAGUUGCCCAUCCAGUAUCAGAAACAGUGGGGAGGACAAAACGGCGGCCUGUGCCCACUGAAGUCGAUGGCAGAGCACCUCAUGCUGGCAGUGAGAGCAAGACUGAGUCCUGGGUGAGGAUGCCGUGGCUAAAGGCUGGCUAAGGCUCCCACACAGAGCUCAGCAAUGCCCAGGGCGUGCCAGCUCAGCGCUCGCUCUCUUUACUCCAGGGCAGGCCCAUGUUUUCCUAACCGCCCCCUCACAUCUGCGCACCGCACAACCUGUAAUAUAUUUAGUGUCCUAACGCUCCUGGUAGGCAGGGAAGGGCUGUUAUCCCCGCGUCUCCCCAGCCCUCUGGUUUGUGUGUGCAAGCGGCAUUUGCACGCGCAGCCUGGCUAAGCAGACCCUGAGAGUUAGAGGGAGGAGUGUGAAUGCACGCACAAGCUGGAGUGCCCCUAAACACAGAUCCUCAGCAUUGUGAACCGGAGGGGAGGGGAUCCUGAAAAUCUGUGCCAUGGUGUCUGUCUGUCUGGUGCGUACAAAUAACCCCAAUGUGAUUCCCCUCUUCCCCCCACCAGUGUAACAAAGGUGAUGGGGCACUCAGGCUAGUUCCCAGAGGCUGCAGGGCUCUCUGGAGCAGGGUAGCGGGGAGGGGAGGAGGACGGGGGAUCUGGACUGACUGGCUGAAAUACCUCUCUCAGCAGCAGCCUUCUCCGCCCUCCCCAGGGUUUGUUAUUCUAAGACUCCUGGCCCAAAUGAGAAACAAAUGGGGAAAUGUAAGAAGCCCUGCACAGGCUGCCGUGCAGGCAAAGGCCUAACCACUGUCACAAAUGGGGGGCAGAGGGAAGCCCCGGGGGUGACAAAUUGUGUUCUCCAGAAGGGCCCAGCAAAGCCUGCAACGCUUGUUCCCAGAGCCGGAGCAUUUGGGACAGCUGGACGCAGAAGGCAGAGGCUGGACGGGACCAUUUGCUAUUUUCUUUUCUUCUCCCACGCUGAAGGCAUCUUGAGAGAGGGGGCUGACCUGUGACCCCACUUUGCCUCCUGCCCCCGUCCCCACCCUACGAGUGUUUCUAAGCCGGGUCUCACCCGAUGAUGAGAAUAGCAAACGGGGAAGAGGCAUAUCGUUGGAGUGGGUCUCCUGGGAUAGGGUGGGGCAUCCUACAGCAUCGUGUUUAGGUUGCUUUUAUUUACCUCUUUGCAUGCCCUGUAUUCUACAUCAGCUAGGGCCCACGUGCUUCUUGCUGUACUGCUAUGCUGAGGCUGAGGGGGAUGGUUGCUGACUCUGUUUCAAAGUGAAAGACAGUUAAUCUGGGGUUAGAAUGAGGGCAGGGAAUGGAGGCAAAGGGGUGGGAAGCAACUGGCAUGAAGUCCCCCCCAAAUCAGACCCUAAAACGGAAGCACUGAUCCCCUAAAUGUGCCAUAAAAAGACCAGAGCACAGUCCCCUCAUGUUUGGAAUCAAAAGGCAGUCGCAGGCAUCGGAGCAGCCAGCGUGGUGGGGGAGUAGGCCAGGGCUGGGGUCCCAUCCGUGCACUGAAUCCCCAAGUUCUUUCCCUUGAUUAUUUCUCUUGAACAAGCAGUGGGAGCUGGGUCACCUCCAUGGCAGGCUGCUAUGCGAAUGGGCAGGUGGAAGGACAGUGGUCAGGUGGGCCCAGAAAGGAGAUGUCUCAUGGCUGUCAAAGCCCACACUGACUUGUAGAGUGACCUUGAGCAAGUCACGUAGGCUCCGAUCUUCAAAUGUAUUUAGGCACCCAUUGAAAUUCCCUUGACAUGGGAGCUAGGUGCCUAAAUACCUUUGAGGUUGUGGGCCUUUCCCUCCCCAUGUCUGAGCUUCCUCCACUGUAAAACGGGGCUAACAAUACAGUCUAGCUAAUGAUUUUAUACUGCUGUCCAUUAUCGUUGUAUGUGGGCACCUUCCAUAUGAAAUUGAUAGCAAUGGGGAAGUUCCUAGGGGACUUGGAAUCUCUGGCCUGGCUCCUUUUGAAGUGUCCCAUCUCUGCUUGAGCUACCCUUUGGUUUGUUUUAUUGAUCUCCCCUGUGUAAAGGGCUGGGCGAGCUGCAGCUGGCCAGUUCUCUGGUAACGGUAGAUACUGUUGGGGGGUAAACUUUAAAUGACAUGUUUUACAGAGCUGAGGAGUAGCUUGUACCAAGAAAUCGAGCACCGAGUAUUAACAAUCAGACACGAGCGAGCUUCUGCACUGAAAGCAGGGACUGCUUCAUGGCUUGAGACUCUUGUGUGAUCACUGGGUGUGCUGCACGCUUUAUAGCUCAUCAGCAUGCUCAGUCCUGCAGUGCUCGGCUCAGAAAUAGUCACUACAGGCAUUUUCUGUAGUUGGAUUGUCCAUAGGAUCCUUUUCCCAGCUUCUUGUUCCAGGGCCAAUGAUAGCUUUGCCAGGAGCAGAGUUAGUGGCCAACAGCUGUUGAAGUAGGAUCCCUGCUCUGUGACCAUGGACAGGAGAGAACUGGAGUGGUGGCUUCCAGAUGUGCAGCCUCGGAGGUGAGUGAAAAAUUCAGCUGCCACAGUGAGGAAGGGCCCAGCGUAAGCCGGGAUUGAUACAGCUCCGAAGGGGAGACCGUGCCCCCAGCCCAGCAUUAGGCUGUCUCAGGGCUUGCAACGCUUAGCGAUUCAGGUGCUCUGAGGUGUGCCGUGUGCAAAGUCCCUCCCUGCAGGUUUUUUUCAGGCUGCACUGACUCAGCUGGGAAAAUUCCCUCCAACUCCUUCCUCCUGGCCCAAAGGUAGGGCUGGGGAAGUGGGGGCUGUGGCCCCACCCUGGGUAGAGAUUUCCCAGGGCUGGGUAAAGGGGAAGUUGGCCCGGCCAGGGCGGGAGGUGGAGAUGUCACUGCAGAGCCAGUUUUCUGAGUAGCAGCCGUGUGAGUCUGUAUCCGCAAAAAGAAAGGGAGGACUUGUGGCACCUUAGAGACUAACAUAUUUAUUUGAGCAUAAGCUUUCGUGAGCUACAGCUCACUUCAGCGGAUGCAUUGCAGAGUCAGUGUUAAUCAGAGGCCCGUAACAAAUCCUAUUAAAGCUUCAUUAGGGCCCCUUCGGGGCUAUCAUUAUCAGAGGCUCCCUCUGGUGCUGCAGAUACUAGAGCAAUGCCUCCCCAAGGCCAGAGGGAAGGAAUCGGGUGACGGGCAGACUGGGAAGUAGAGCGGCGUGGGGGGGCAUGAGACAUGAGGCCUGGUUGGUCCCAGCCUUGUGCCCUGUGCAGCAUAUCCCUUCUACGGAGCAGGGGAGAGAUGGUGCUGUUUGGCUCUGGGCUGGUUUUGCAUGCCCUUUGCGCUGUCAGUGAGAAGGGGCAAGGUGGGGAGGGGGGCAAGUUGGCCAGUGCUGGGAAGGCAGCUCUGGCAGGGGCUUAGUGGAAGGUGCAUGGACCGUCCCCCCUGGGAGGGUGAGAGGGCUCUGCGCGGCUGGUCUUCCAGGGAAAUUCCAGAGACCCGCUCCCCAGGGAGCCCCUGCUAACAGCCCAGCGCCUGCUGGCAAUGCCCAGCUGAAAACAAGCUCAUUUAGGGAGACGCACAGGGCUGCCCCUAGCAGUGGCAUAGCCCCAUGCCAGGCUGGGAGGGCAGAAUGCUUGGGAAAGAGUCUCUCCUGCCGAGCCUUGGGGCUGGGAAGCGGGAGCUGGCUCCCUGAAAGUCCUGGAAUACACCAAGCUAGACAAAAGCAGGGCCUGUAAUCUCCAGUUGCAAUGGGGCUGCCCCAUUGAUCACCCCUGCUGAAUUAUCCAUCGCUCUCUUGCCAGAGAGCACAGGCCUAGGGGGAUCUGGCUGCCUUGUGCUGCCCCAGAGGCACCAGUCGCCUGUUUCUCCCGCAAUCAGUGAUGCAGCUCAGCCCUGGAGGAGGAGCUGAAGUGUCGCUUUCCCUUGCAGGGCUGCUCCCCGCGUGCCUACAUCCCAGACAGCAAAUCCUUUUGACUAUGUGCGUCCCGCCCCGCCCGGUGCUGCUGGGGCUGGAUCUCUGGGCUGCCCUGGUGCUGUCCAGCCUACAGAGCAGUGACUUGAGAGCAGGGACUCUGAGCCCAAGGCCCGACCCUGCCCCGUGGGUGCCCUUGGCAGCCAGAUGGGGCCCGCAGUGAGAAACCCCCAAUUGGUACCGAGCCAGGCCUGCUUCCCUUUUUACGCCUAUGUUACAGCCCUGAAAUCUCACGCCUCUCUCUCCUCCCCUCCUCUGUUCCUUGCCCCCCUCCCUCGAAAGUCACUCUCUCCUCCCUCUCUUUCGUUCUGGCCUUCUCUCCAUUAGCUGGGCCAUCCUGCACAGACCCAUUUCCUCCCCACAUUACUGCCCCUCCAGUCCCCUUCCUUAGGGUAAUGGGGACAAAGCUCCUAAUCACCCUCAUUAAUUGUCCCCGCCCCGCUCCCCCUGACUCCCUGGGGCAUUUCUCACAAAUGGUGUCUAACUUUUCCCUUCUGUGUUUUGUUUUUCCACCGGAGCUGACGGUGCCCCCCCAGCCUCCUGCUGAGCCACUGUUUACUCAACUGGGACAUGCUGGACACCCUGGGACCUCCUGCUCUCCCCCUUCCCCAGCCCCAGCCAGGCUGGGAGGGCUAUAAAGGGCUCCUAGGACAGGCCGGAGAGAGAGACCUUGCUCCUUCUUCGCCAGCUCACACCAUGGAUGCUUCUGUCCACGCUCCCCUCGGGCUGGCUGGCUGGCUCCGGGGCGCCCCAGCUGCCUGGGGCUGUGGGUGCCCUGUGCAGGGCCGAGAACAAGGCAGAAGAUUCCCACCGCUCUGGAGACCCUGGCUUCCCACUGCAAAAGACCUGUGCAGGCAGAACAGGGACCAGACAGACCCAGCCCGUGGCAGCGAGACAAUGGUGGAUGGUGGCUCCGGCAAGGCAUCGGCACUGUUCCGGCACCCCGUCAGACUCUUCUGGCCCCGCUCCAAAUCCUUCGAUUACCUGUACAGUGAGGGGGAGAAGCUGCUGGAGAACUUCCCCGUGCAAGCCACCAUCAGCCUCUAUGAGGACUCCGACAGCGAGGAGGAGGAGGAAGGCUGGGGGGAGGAAGGGCAGGCGGAGGAGGGGGGUCAGCAGGCGGAGGAGUCUGUGUUACGGCAGGAGGCAGGCUGCCAUCAGGGGCCAGCUGGGGCCAGUCAGCCAAUAAAGCUCUGUCUGAAGUGACCCCCACAGUGCCCAGCGCACCUGGGCAAGACUCAGCUGUGGGGAUAAAUGCCACCACCUUUCCCAAUGCUGCCGGUAAAGGAGCCUGCCAGAGACUCCGCCCCAAGGUUCUGAGACCCCGGCCCUUGCCGUCCUACACCAGGGUGUGUGUGUGCGGUGAUGGGGGGCCAGAGGGUUGUUCGGAAGCAUUUUCAGGUCUCUCCAGCAGGGGGCACAGUUCAAACCUAGGGGCUGCAAAACUCCAAGAUGGUCCUGCGGGAGGCGAGAGGCCCGCACGCCUGUCCCAGGUGAGCAGUCAGAGCUCGGGGCAGCUGGUCUAAGUGUCUGCCAGGGAGAGGACUCUCCCAUUCCAGACUAUGACGUCCCCUGAGCAAUGCCUGCCUAGUGCUGGGGAGUGGGGCUGGGCGGAGAGCAGAGGUCACCUUGCCCUUCUACACCAGCCCAUUUGGGAGCCGGGUGAGGAGGUCUCAAGGAAGAAGCCUGGACAGACAACGCUGUGGGAGCUGGGCUGAGAGUGAGUGUUCCAGCCUGCUCCCCCUAACCCCGAGGGGGUGUCUGCUCCCACUCGGGCGUGCUGGUGCCCAGGUGGAGCUUAGCUGUGGCUCUGGGUUUUAGUCUGUGUGUUCUGGGGGUUAAUGUAUAACAGGGCAUUGACGAGUGAAAUAAAGCAUGUGAUGCUUUAACAUCAGG